AUGAUCCUUUUGGAAGGCGACCUGGUUGUGGAGCAGAGUGGAGAGCCCUUGAAGGGGAUGGUCUCACCGGGCGAUGCCAUAGGCGAGUUGUCCAUCCUCACAGACAAGCCUUCGCCGAUCCAGUAUCGCUGCCAAUCAAAGUGCACUUUCGCAGCAUUGCCAAGUCGAACAGCCACAUGGCUCCACCGGGUGGAUGCUUGUUUGGAGUGGCUAGCUGUCGAGGGCAGCCGAUGUUUGUACAGGCAAGGCGAUCCGAUGUGCGGCUUCUUCAUCGUUUUAUCAGGCCGUCUCGUCGCUCUCGAGGACGCAGCGGACUCGGCGCCUGUGCCGCGGAUGCCACAACUCCGGAGCCGAGCCGUGCCGAGUCCGCCUGGGAUUCGUGUGCGAGAGGUGCUCUUGCGCGGCAGCCUCUGUGGCGAGCUCGAUUGCUUGCGCAACGCCACCUACUCGCAGACAGUGCAGGCAUCGCGCGACACCGAGGUGUGUAGGGUCUCGCCGAUGCUCCUGCAGCUUGUGGCUCUUGAGUUUCCCAGAGCUAUCCUUCACUUCAGUUCGCAGAUCGGCCGGAAGCCGCCCCAGUCGGAGGCCUCUGCCAGCGCCAAGUACAAGACGACCAUCACCGUUGUUCCUGCCACCGCCGAUGUGGACAUAAACCGUGUAUGCUCAAGAUUGACAGCAGCAUUGAAUGUGUUGGGCAACGCCAUGCACAUUACGCCGAGCACCGAUCUCUUUUGUGCGGCACCAGGGGUUCAGGGAGCUGUAAGAAACUUGGACGAGGGGCGUCUUGCCCGACUCUUAGCCGAUCUGGAGGAGAGAAAUCGCUGGCUGGUCUACGAGGCGGAAGCGCCUGGCAGCAAGGGGGUCACAGACUGGACCAGACGGUGCGUCCGUCAGGCCGACGUCAUCCUCGUCGCUACCAACUUUAAUGGUCAGGGCCGCGGCGAUGUGCCGCAGACUCUCAAUGAGAAGCACGUCCGUGACGCAGCACCCCUGUUCGUGACCAGAGAGCUGCUUCUGCUCCACAAAGGCGUACAAGGAAAGAGCGGCAAAGUGUCCAAGCUCUCCUCAAUGGACGACUGGUUCGUUGGUGCGGCCGCCAGGGCCGAUUCGCUGCGGCCGGGUGUCACAGGCUUCGUCCGGCACCACCUCUUUGCUCCCCACCGUGGGGGAGGAAUGAUGAGGUCCACACGGCACUACCUGAAUCCCAGGCCGUGGGCCAGUAGCUGGCACCACGUCCGCGUUGGCCACGGGGACUCUGUCGACUGGAACCGGUGUGCACGCCUGCUUGCAGGCAAAGCUAUUGGCGUUUGCUUCGGUGGAGGGGGUGCUCGAGGAAAUUGCCACUUCGGCGUCAUAAAGGCGAUGCAGGAACUUGGCAUACCCAUCGACAUUGUGAGUGGCACGUCGUUCGGUGCACUCGCAGGGGCGAUGUAUUCCAUGAGUGCACCCGAACCGAGCUCGCUGCCGGCCCUGGUCAAAAGAGUCAUGACCAAACAGUUUUCGGCCCGGAAGAUGAUGCUGGAUUUGAACUUUCCCAGAACUGCUUACUUCACAGGGGCCUACCUCAACAGUGUUCUAAAAGAGAUCUUCGCCCGCCGCAGACUGGAGGACCUUCUGAUUCCAUUUGCGUGUACCAGCACGGACAUUGUGCACUUUGAGGAGAAGGUCCACAGGGAUGGCCCUCUCUGGAGGGUGAUCCGUGCUUCGAUGAGCCUCGUCGGGUUCGUGCCGCCAAUCCCACACCAGGAGAGAAGGGAAGAUGGCAAAGUCAGCACGACUCUGCUGGUGGAUGGAGGAUAUGUAAACCAGUACCCCAUAGAAGCUCUGAAAGACCACGGAGCGGGCACCGUAAUUUGCAUCGUCGCGUGCCCAGACUAUGCUCCUGUGUGCACUGACUACGGUGAUGUGGUCCGUGGAGGUCUGGUAUCUUUACAGCGGCGUUUUGGCUGCUGUCGCCGUGGUAGCGGGGACCCUCCCAGCCAAGCUGAGAUCCAGGAGCGCUUAAUGUUUCUGGUGGAGGCCAUGAAAGAGUCGCACAGCUCCCGAGCAGACCUUGUGAUUUGCCCGGACAUCACCAACUUCGGGCUCCUAGACUUCGCAAAGUUCGAAGAGAUUUCCCAAAGCGGCUACGAGGCGGCACUUCCAGAGCUCAAGGCUUGGCUCCGACAGGCCCCUGAAGCGGUGCACGCGACGAUCUCGGCUGACGCCGACCAGGCCGCUGAGAAGAGUGUCAACGAAGUGGAGUACGGCUCGCGACGAGGCUACCGCUCCUGGCGUACAAGCGCCUCGCAAGCGGCGCGGCGCCUCUUGACAAGCCCUCGGCUCCGCUCGCACAGCGCCGGCAGUAAUUUACAUCUGCAGGCCAGCGAUGCCGACUACGAGGCAGAGAACGAAGGCUGA